GAAGCGAGAGACUAGAGAGUGAGGAGGUGGAGAGAAAAAAGCCGAGGAGGACGAGAAACAAAAGCACAACCGUGGGUGCCUGCAACAACCAUGAGCAGCGGCGGCUUGCCCUAUUCACCAGAGCUGCUGCUCUACCCGUGGACGAUGUCGUGAGGUGUGGCUCGCAACGCUAAGCAGCAGGGAUUCUGUCAGUCGAAACGACAGUAGCAAGCCAAGGAGGGGUGCUGCUGGUGGAAAAGAUGUCGACCGCCUCGGUGGGGCCCCAGGGCGGCCCUCGCCCACCCACCGCUCCGCCGACCGUUCCCGAACUGCCGGACCUCAGCCAUCUCACGGAGGAGGAGAGGAAAAUAAUCAUGGCCGUAAUGGAUCGGCAGAAGGAGGAAGAGGAGAAAGAGGAAGCCGUGUUAAAGACGCUGCACCAGCAGUUUGAGAGUUACAAGGAGCAGGUGCGUCGCAUCGGCGUGGAGACGCGGCGCCAGCAGCAGGGCCAGCACAAGGACGACGCCCCCACCUGCGGCAUCUGCCGCAAGACCAAGUUCGCCGACGGCUGCGGACACCACUGCUCCUACUGCCAGACCAGAUUCUGCGCCCGCUGCGGCGGACGCGUCUCCCUGCGCUCCAACAACGAGGACAAAGUGUGUCUCAUAGUGAAGGAAAGGGUAAUGUGGGUAUGCAACCUGUGCCGUAAGCAACAGGAGAUCCUCACCAAAUCGGGAGAAUGGUUUUCGGGGCCGGGGGCGAGGCAGAUGAGCCUGGAUGGCGGCCUGAACGCCCCGCCCACGGGGGGUGACACCCAACGGGGGGACAGGAAGCCACUCCGCUCCAGGUCCCAGGCCCCGCCCUCUUCCAGCGGUAACGCAGGGGCGGCGCCUGACGGAACGCAUCAUCCGCCAACGGUACCGGCCAAGGGAGCGUUGGACACCAUGCCGGCGUCACGCGCUCGGAGCGAACCACCACGAGACAAGAAAAGACCUGUGUCCCUCCAUGAACAGAACGGUAAGCCUGGUGGUCCUGGUCGUGGUAGAGGAGGCCGGGGACCCCCAGGGAAGCUUCAGACCGUGGCCUCCCAGGAGGAGUUCUGUGGUCCCGGGGACAUAGACUGGCGGGACGGCCGGCACCUGGAGAAGGUCCGCUCCCAUGACCACCCCGACGGCGGCGACCAAGGAAAUCGCCCCGACCUCCGGAGACGCCCCCCGGAGGAGGAUGAGCUUGAGCGCAAGCGGCGCCAGGAGGAGGAGUUCCAGACGCGUUACCGCAGCGACCCCAACCUGGCGCGCUACCCGGUCAAGCCGCAGAAGGAGGAGCAGGAGAUGCGCAUGCACGCCAAGGUGUCGAAGGUGCGCCACGAGCGGCGCCACAGCAACAACGCCAUCAAUGAGGUGGGGCUGGAGGGCGGGGGAGGGGGGGGAGGGAACAUGGGGGAUGUGCCUGAGAAUCGUCUCCGGAGGGGCGGCGGUGGGAGUGGUGGAGAACCAGACCGCAAGGCAUCCUUGGAGAACCACCGCGCCUACUCCAUGGACAGGACCGUGGGGGGUGGUGGGGGUGGCGGAAUUGGGCAGGGAUCCCAGGGAGGUCCCCCCCUCCUCAAACAGAACCAGAACCACGGACCCCUUCAACCAUCCGGUGGUGGCCCACGAACGGGCCCCCAUCCUGGUGCUCCUCACCCCCACCAAGGACCCCCACCUCCAGCAGGCUGGGAUCCCCCUAAGGGACCCCACCCCAGCCAACUGGACCCCAAUUCCCAGGCAGCCAUGAUGCACAAGGCUAGGAGGGAGAAGUCCGGGGACAGCCUGCUGCGGAAGGACUCCCAGAGCUCGGACCAGUCGGAGUCGCUGCGGCCGCCCCCACCCAGGCCCUACAAGAGCAAACGGGGCGUCAACAAGAGGCAGAUGUCUAUAAGCAGCUCAGAGGAGGAGGGCGCCUCCACGCCAGAGUACACCAGCUGUGAGGACGUGGACAUGGAGAGCGUCAGUGAAAAAGGUGAUUGGGACUGCCAUCCUCUGGAUCCUGCUGUGUGGCAUCAUCCAGUGACAUGGCAGCCGUCCAAGGAGGGCGACCACUUAAUCGGACGCAUCACUCUGAGCAAAAGGUCGGCCAUGCCCCGCGAGGCAGGCUCCUUACUAGGGUUAAAGGUUGUGGGUGGGAAGAUGACAGAGACAGGGAGACUGGGGGCCUUCAUCACCAAAGUCAAGAAAGGAAGUCUGGCGGACAUUGUUGGCCACCUGCGAGCUGGUGAUGAGGUACUGCAGUGGAACGGGAAGUCGUUGCCGGGAGCAACCAAGAAGGAAGUGUACAACAUCAUUCUGGAAUCCAAGGCGGAGCCUCAAGUGGAAAUAGUUGUCUCAAGGCCUAUUGGAGACAUACCAAGAAUUCCAGAAACAUCACAUCCUCCUUUAGAAUCGACGGGCUCCAGUUCCUUUGAGUCUCAGAAGAUGGAGCGUCCCUCCAUAUCGGUCAUGUCCCCCACCAGCCCUGCUACCCUCAGAGCCCUCCCUGUCAUCCUGCCUGGAAAGCUCUCUGUAAAGCUGUGGUAUGACAAAGUGGGCCAUCAACUGAUCGUCAACGUUCUUCAAGCCAUAGACCUGCCCCCCCGACCGGACGGGCGACCCAGGAACCCCUACGUCAAGAUGUACUUCCUCCCUGACCGAAGUGAUAAGAGCAAGCGCAGGACCAAGACAGUAAAGAAGAGCGCUGGGCCCAAGUGGAACCAGACGUUCCUGUACUCCCACGUCCACCGCAGGGACUUCAGAGAACGCAUGCUGGAGAUCACUGUCUGGGACCAACCUAGAAUACAGGAGGAGGAGAGUGACUUCCUGGGAGAGAUCCUAAUAGAGCUGGAGACUGCCCUGCUGGACGACGUCCCUCACUGGUAUAAACUCCAGACCCACGACGUGUCCUCUCUACCUCUGCCCCAGCCAUCCCCUUACCUCCCGCGCAGACACACCUCUCACGACAGCCCCAGCAAGAAACUACAGAGGUCCCAUCGCAUCAUUGACACAGAGUUUGAUGAUACAGGUGCAGAGCGUAACUCGAGGGAGAGGGAGAGGAACAGCACCCUGACUGUCCCAGAGCAGCAGAGACUGGCCCAGCACCGCUCCAGAUCUGUGUCCCCUCACCGCGAGGACAUAACAAGGGCCCGCUCCCGCCCUGCACACGUCCCCAUGCAGAGGAGUCUGGAUGAGAUCCAUCAGAACCGCCACCACUCCUGCUCCCCCUCUCGUUACCAUGACUCCCACGGGGAGCACCGCUCUGGAGACUCGGACUACGAGUACUCCGAGGACAGUGAGGUCCUCGAGAUGCACAGGUCUAUCCGAGGCGGGAGUGCCGAGUGCCUGCACACAAACAGUGAUCUGCAGCCCAGUCUGGACCGGGUGAGGAGUGCCAGCACCACCUGCCUCAGGCCUGACACCAACCUCCACUCUCCUGAUAAAGACAGAUGCUCCAACUCUCUGCCCCGCAGACAGCCCGCAGGCCCCAGGAUUUUAGUAGAGCAGGCCUCCCCAGAGGAAGAAAGGCAGUCAGGGAGCCUGGGCAGACCUGACAGUCAGAGAGGUAACAGCAAGAAAGGCCUGGAGGCUGACAGUCGUAUCCAGCCCACCUCUAUACUGAGGGGCAGUAGGGGGAGAGGGGGACCGCUGCGCCCCUUUAACCAGACACCCCUGGGGGGAUCUGCCCCUAACUCAGCACGACAGGACAGAACACACACCCACAGCCCCUCCCCUCCUACGGGGACUCCCCAGUCAGGUCGCAGGGGCAGACAGCUGCCACAGGUUCCUGCCAGAAGCAGUAGUGUAGAGCAAGCUCUAGCAGUAGAGGAGCGAGCCAGACAGAUGAACAUGAAAGUACAUUCCUACCGGCCUUCAGCAUCCCAUGACCCCGAGACGGACCUCAAGACCAAACGAGAGAUGUAUGCGGAUCAGCGGCGGAGCUCUGACAACGUGUCGGCCCGCUCGUCAGACAGUGACAUGAGUGACGCGUCGGCCCUAUCCCGCGCCAGCAGUGCCUCACGCCUCAGCAGCACCUCCUACAUGUCCAUCCAAUCAGAACGCCCGCGCGGGCGGCUCAGGUCCAAGUCUUUAGAGGACGAGAAGAAGGAGAGGAGGAUCUCGUGGGGGAUGAAUGGAGAGCAGGAGAGGAUGAGGGCAGCAGGGAAGAGACGGUUCUCUCAAGAGCUGAAGAGGAGGAGACACACUGUGUCUGGGGACCCCAAAGACGCCAGUCGGCAGGUUCGUGCGGCGCCUGGCCGGACCAUGCUGAAGAGCACAAGCGUGAGCGGUGAGAUCUACGCGUCAGAGCGUACCGACGGCAGCCAAUCGGAUACGGCGCUGGGCACGGUGGGCAUGGGUGGCAAGAAGAGACGCUCCAGCCUCAGUGCCAGGGUGGUCUCCAUCGUCUCCAACAGACGUAGUCGCAGCACGUCGCAGAUCGUCGGCCCGGAGGGGAAGGGGAAGAAGGAGAAGGGUGCGUCCAUCCAGAGGAGCACAGAGACGGGCAUGGCUGUAGAGAUGACCAGGAACAUGAGUCGACAGUCCAGUAAAGAGUCCACCAACGGCACCAUGAACAGCUGCAACUCCGAGGGAAAUCUGCUUUUCGGUGGGGUGCGUCUGGGACAGCCAGGCAACCAGUUCAGCGACUUCCUGGAUGGUCUGGGUCCCGCCCAGCUGGUGGGCAGACAAACGCUGGCCACACCUGCCAUAGGUGAUAUUCAGAUCGGAAUGAUGGACAAGAAGGGUCAGCUGGAGGUGGAGGUGAUCAGAGCUCGGGGCCUUGUACAAAAGCCUGGAUCCAAAUCCCUCCCUGCUCCAUACGUCAAGGUCUAUCUGUUGAAUAAUGGAGCGUAUGUAGCCAAAAAGAAAACCAAGAUUGCACGGAAAACGCUGGACCCGCUGUACCAGCAAGCGCUGCAAUUCGAGGAGAGCCCACAGGGUAAAGUCUUACAGGUGAUCGUCUGGGGAGACUACGGACGAAUGGACCACAAAAGCUUCAUGGGAGUUGCACAAAUCCUAUUGGAGGAACUAGACUUAACAAGCACAGUGAUUGGCUGGUACAAGUUGUUCCCACCCUCCUCUUUAGUGGACCCCACACUAGCCUCCCUGACUCGACGUGCUUCCCAGUCGUCACUGGACAGCUCUUCGGGCCCACCGGGCACCCGAUCCUAGUGGACCAAUAGGACUACAGCUACCAAUCUUAAUGGACCAAUGGGACUAUAGCUAGCCUACCGCUUUGUGAAACGAAUUAACAUCACCUUAGAGAUUAACGGACAAAAAUUAUUGUAGAACAACAACAAUCAAGAAACAGAGUCACAAAUGAUUUUAAAAAAAAGCUUUGUUGAGAUCUGACAAUCACUCCUAGCAUCAUUUAAUUUGUUUGUUUGUUUUAGAGAGCGUAAGGUUUCAGUGUUUCAUUCCAGUAACAAAUUCGUCAUCGUUUUUUCGCGGUUGUAAUCUAAGAACUAGGGCUGUCGAUAAUAAACAAUGUUUGGUAGCUAGGUAAGGCUGUACUGGAGUCGAGCGGUAAGGAGACACUCGAUUCAUUGAAGAAACUACGUAGAAAUUUAAAUGUGAAAGGAAGCAGGGUGGUAGUUUUUAGUCAAACCAUCAAUAAACAAAGAAAUGUAUGUUAGCAUCAGAAUGUAUGGACCCAAGACAGAGGUGUCAUCCUCCUUGUCCCUCAGGGGAUGCCAUAAUGUCCUCUCCGCAGUGGCCCCCAUCCGGCCCCCAAACAGACUGCCAGCACUUCGGCCCCCAGGGCAGAGUGCUUCUGGGUGGGGUCGGUCCGGGCAAGCAGGGGUCUCCUUCUGGUGCCUAGACUUUGUGGAUUCACAUUACUGGUCCUUCUCUGUCAAAUAUCAUUUUUUUGUUUUCAAUAUGUUUACCAUGGCUGGUCCAAGCCGCUCUCUCGUUUUUGUCUAUGUUACGUUUGACUUUUUUCUCCCUUUGUUACUUAUGGCACAACAAUGUUUUUAUGAUGAGUAUGAGGUUUACGAUGAGUUGUCUGAUGUAUGCAUGGAGAAGAGUAAAAAGACACAAGGAAAAAAUACAAAAUAGAGAAAAUUAGAUCACGUGUCUGCAAUGAGAUGCAGGGGACUGUUCAGUGACACAUCUUAAAUGACGAUUUUUACACUUGACAAUGAGAUUAGUGUGGGAUUACAAUGUUGUUUUCUUCAUUCAGUCACCUACAAAAAGUCCAACCCAGUUGUCUUUGUAUAGAUGUAUAUUAGACCUCCAUUAUCUUGACCAAUAAAUAGAAUUAUACAUUUCACUUUGGACUAUCACUAGGGUGUCAACAAGUCACUGUAAAAAAAGACGUACCUUUGUCCACAAUCACGAGAACUUUCAUUUAGCUGUUUUCCUGGAGUAUCCUUCCCCUCACCCCAGCACAUGUUUAGGGGUUUUAUCUGAAAUUUCAGUUUACAUUAUUUUGAGAUUUAAAAACGCAAGCACAAAUAAGCUUGAUUUUUUUUACGGCAAAAAGUUACACUUUUUGAGAUUUAAAAAAAAAGUGAAUGAAAUUUUUUACAUUUUAAAUACUGCUUGCAAAUGUAUUUUCUUGGUUCAUUUCAUUUCUUCUUUAUCUCGAUUAUUUGGAAAAACAAAAAACAUCAGUUGCUCAAAUUUCCCUUCUGCAUCUUUGUGAAUGUGAAAAGUAACUCAUCAGAUUGAACUUUCAGGACAGGAACACCAAUACUCAUCCUUCGUCAGGCCGGCUGACUCCUGCCACACAAAAGGGGGCGUGGCCAGCAUGACUCGGACCUGUUCCAAGCUGCAUGCACAUUUUGUAAAACAAAAACGAUACUGAAAAAAAAGAAGAUUGAACUGAACUAGAUAUGUGUUAGUUCCACAUACUGUAGGCCCGCUUGUAUGUUGCAUGCACUUGUACAGUUUGCUCGUACUUAAAUAUAAAGAGAAACCGAAGCCAUUCACAUCACGCGAAGACAUUCAAAAUUAUCAGCUGCAGUCAAGUCUAGUCCACAUCCUUCAUUCCGGUGCUGAAUGUUUCGAAACCAGUUGAUUACCAAGAUUAUGUUGAUGUCUUUUUUAAAGCUAUUGAACACGUGCUGUACUGUCGUACUAAGCAAUCCUCACCGCCCAUUCUUUCAAAUCUACAGUUACUGUACACAUCAUAGUUUACCUCUAUGGGGCUGAGACUACAUGGUUAAAUAUAUAUAAAUCAGAUCAACUUAUAUACAAAGUAUAGUUAUGUUGAACAUAAUGAUGUAAUAAGAUAUAUGGAUACAUAUAUUACACAAAUUAUUUAGAGUAUAAUGUAACGAAAGUAAUUUAGAUAUAUUGUAAAUAUUUUUUUCAACCAACCAAACGGUUUAGUGAUCUUUACGAAUGGGGCCAAGUCAGAUUACGGGGACAUUGUCAAGUUCCUUAAGACUACGAUUGGAUUUAGACAGUCACAAAGGGACACUACUUUACUUCAAGGCUUCACGGGAUAGUCCCAAAUCGCCACACUUGAGUGUACUAGGGUAUCAGGCCAUAUUAUCUGCAAAAGCUGUCGUCACUACACCUCUCUCUCUCCAAUGCUUUGAAACCUACAACCUACGACCUAUGACCCCAGCUAUGUAAAACCCCAUUUAUAAAAACGUCAAUUUUUUGGUUUUAUGUUUAGUGAGUUAUUAUUUUUUAUUUUGUCAGUAUUAUUAGGAGAGAGAAAAAAAUGCUGAUUGUUUACAAUGUAUGUGUUCCACUGAAACAACAACUAUAAAAGAAAAUGAUCAGAUAAAAAUGUAUUCACUGCAGCGUUUCUUGUUUGGUAUAACAGGUGUGGCUCAAAUGAUGUGUGUGUUUUAUAUUUAAAAAAAGAGUUCAUUUUUAUUAUUUACAAAUAAAAAAAGAAUGUGUGGAAGAAUUCUCCCUCA